GCCCGAGCAAAGCGCCGGAGCUCUCUCGCCGCCAGUAAUAGCACACAAGCCGCAACGAGUACUCGCUUGUGUCAUGUGUCAGCAACGUAAGGUGAAGUGCGAUCGCAAGUUCCCCUGUGCCAAUUGCAUUAAGAGUGGUACACAAUGUGUUUCCCCUGCGCUGGCUUCACGACAACGUCGUCGUAGGUUUCCCGAGCGAGAGCUGCUCGAUCGCCUCCGAUACUACGAGGACCUACUUAGGAAGCACAACAUUUCAUUCGAGCCCCUGCACGCAUCUGGAGCAGAUGGAACAUCACCCGAUGCGGAUAAACUACCCCAUUGUACCGUAGAUGAUAUAGCACCACGAGGACAUGCUUCGGUAACGAAUGGAUCGGGGGGAGACAUGGUGACCCGUGUCCCUGAGUACCAGGCAAAGAACUUUUGGCAUGCUAUGAAUCGAAGAUCUCAAAAUUCCGAUUGUGAUGAUAGCGAGGACAGCAAGGACGACGCUAAUGAUAACCAUCACGCGCCAUACCUUGUCCGUCAAAUAGAGGUUAAAAAAGCAUGGGAUCAGCUGUACGACCCCAAUGAAUACCUUCUCUUCUGCUCGCGUGAUGCCAGUGUCGACUUGUCGGCCUUACAUCCGAGUCAAGCCCACAUCUUCAAGCUCUGGCAGAUCUACCUCGACAAUGUCAACCCAUUACUCAAAGUCACGCACACGCCUACUCUUCAACCACGCGUUAUAGAUGCUGCAAGCGAUGUGACAAACAUCAGUCCGCCCUUGGAAGCACUCAUGUUCGGAAUCUAUUGCGUAACCGUUCUUAGUCUCAGUCAGAAAGAGUGCUACAAUCUCUUCGGCACAUCGAGACAAGACAUACUGAAAGGCUAUCAGAUAGGAGCUAAAGAAGCUCUCCUCAACUGUGGUUUCUUAAGAUCGAGCGAUCGUGACAGCUUGACCGCGUUACAUUUCUAUCUCAUCACUAUCAAGCCUGCUACAGACCCUCGAUCCCUGUCUUCGAUGCUUGGAGUAGCUUUACGAGUCGCCCAGCGAAUGGGCAUCCAUACUGAGGUCGCCAAUACCCGGCACAAUGUUCUUGAAGCUGAGCUGCGCCGAAGACUUUGGUGGUCGCUAGUUCUUUUCGAUGCUCGAGUAUCGGAAAUGACAGAAUUCAAGCUUGGGAUGUUGCUGCCUACUUGGGAUUGCAAGGUUCCACUGAAUGUAAACGAUUUCGAUCUGCGAUCAGAAAUGAAGCACCCACCAGCAGUGUACGGACAAUCCUCAGAAGCCUUGUUUGCUGUUGUGCGCAGCGAGGUCGGUGAUUUUACUCGAAAUAGCUCUUUUCACUUGGACUUCAUUAAUCCAGCACUAAAGGCUAUUGCGAGGCGUUCUUUGAUACAACCUAGUUCAGAUGAGGAUGAACUAAAUGCCUUGGAAAGAGUUGUAGAGGACAAAUAUCUCAGCUCAUGCGAUCCAGGGAACCCACUUCACUUUAUGACCAUCUGGACGGCUCGAGGAUAUGUCGCAAAAAGUCGCUUUGUGCAGCAUCUCUCCGCCGGCUCAGCAUCGAUGGACAACCAGACAGAUAUACAGCGGGACGCUGGUCUUUCCUAUGCGCUCAAGAUGCUGGAAUGUGACACAAAGCUCAUGGAGGCAGAUUCAAUAAAGGGAUACCGCUGGUUCAUCUAUCUACAAUUUCCCUUUCCGGCAUAUGUCCACAUCGUCCAAGAAUUGAGACAACGACCUCUCCGACGUGAUGCAGCGAAGUGUUGGGAAAUUAUGAGCAACAACGCCUUGGCUCGCUUUAUGGACCUCGAGAAGAUAGACAAUCCCAUGGAUAGAAAAGACAACCCCUUCUUCAAGAUCUUUGCUGGAGUAGUCCUCCAGGCCUGGGUCGCUCGAGAGGCCGCAACCGCGCAAUUAGGCCCGCCGGAGGUACCACCGCAAAUUGUUUCCAUGAUUCAAAAACGAUUGGAGUACUUGGAUAUGGAUGCACAGGACAAACACACGGUGCCGCAUGAGCAUGGCAUAGUUACAGCCAUUAACAAUCCUUUAGCGCCCGUAACAGUAGACUUCGGUGGCUUCGAGUCGUUCUACGGCGUCAACAGCGAGGGUAUUACAAGCUCUGGGCCUUUCCCGAACGAUCCCGCACAAACUUCUUUGGGCUUCGAAGGCAAUCAAUGGGGUUGGAAUACGCCGAAUUGGAACUCCAUGCUCGGGCACGGUUGGUGA